AUUCAGCGCGCGAUCCAAUGCGCGGAAUGAAUAAUGUUUUGGGUUUCCGACAUUCCUUGGUUUUAUUUUGUCCAGGUUCGAUGGAUUCUAACGAAUUUAAAUGAAAUUGUUGAUAACCAAUAUCCAGGAAUAUUAUUUAUCCUACAAGUCAUCUGUUGUGCUUUAUGAUACUAUUGCAAAUGAGCAGUCAAACUAGACUGGUAACUAACCAUGGCUCUUUAAAAUUGCAGCCGUUCAUUGUUAGUGAAACAAUCAAUUUGACACAAGAUUGUGGUUUGAUCAAAACGGGUGAUGAAUCUGAUUUUUACUUAUCACCAUUACCUACGCCAUUGAGUGAUGAAGCUCCAACCAAUAAUAACGCUAUUCCAGGAAUGCAAGAAGUUUUUGAAAAGUUGGCAUCACGUCCUCACCCGUCUCCAAUUUUGGCUGCCACACUUACGAAAUUCGGAAGUCAUAUUGACGUUUGUCAAGAUCCAGUUGCCAACAAGUGUUUAUUGAACUCAAGCACAUUACGUAGUCAUAACGGUUCUGAUUUCUCAAAAAGGUCACAAGUUUACUUAAAAUCACAAGUUGAAAUUUCCUCUUCAUUUAUUGAUUUAAAAGAUUUUCCAUCUAGUCCUCUAUCCGGUGCAUUUGCUGAUUUCCAGUCAUUGAGAUAUGUCCCUCUAAGUUUAGAUUGUUCAUCUUCAGCAAGUAUCUCACUAUCAACUGCAAAUUCAGUACUUGACCAGUGUGUUGAUGAGAGUGAUUGUUUACCUGUUUACAGUAAUUGCCCUCCUAAUCUUGAAGAGGAAGAAAGUGAUUUGGUACCUAGUGAACUUGUUCAAUUUGUAAGUGAAUCUACACGUCAAAUACCGAGUGAUUUGGUGGAUGUUGUUUCUGCUGGAGAUUCUGAUAUCGAGGAUAUAGAUCAUGAAGCUCGAUUAGCUUCCCUAUGUAUACCUAUCCUUCGCUCACCAUCAUUAGGACAUUCUCACUUACUAGACAAUGCCCAGCCACCUACAUUAUCACCUGAAUCAUCAGGUUGUCCACAUUCACCUUUUGAUCAUAUAGAUAUUUCAUCAGAUCCGAGUUAUGAAAAGUCCUAUUUCAGUCAAACACCUGACUGUUUGGCUGAUAAUACAAAUAAACACCACAUUCUUUCUCCAGAUUUACUAUCUUUACAACAAGGUACAUCGGAUGAACUUAUGUCUUGUAAUAACAAUAAUCUUUCAAACAACAUAGAUCCUUUGAUAUCAACAUCACAUGUUAAUACUUCAAAUUUUAUUUCUAGUGACAAUCCCUAUACAUGUAAUUCUGAUCAUCAGGAUUUAAUAGCGAAUUGUUCAAGUUGUGUUAUGCAUUAUUCUACCUCUGAGUUAUCUGAACACGAACUAUUACCAACGAAAGUGUGCGACGAAUACAAAGCUUCAUUAUCAACAUCAUCUGCAGAAACAUCGUUAAUGUCGAACAAUCUUUGUGUUAAUCAAGUUGGAACUUUCACACAACAGUCAAUUCAAAAUCAUUUCAUUGUCAAAGAUGUACUGAAUCAUUCUAGCGCAAGCGUAAAUAAUUUAAGCGAUUUUCAAUGCAUCAUUACUAACACGAGAUCUGUGCCCUCUGUUUCUUCUUCAACAUGUUUAGAUAAAAGACACAAUGGAACAUUAAAAGUCCCAUCAGUUGUUAAUGUAAUGUGUACUCCGAAUGAUGAAAGGAAGCGACCCAUGUUUUCUUCAAAACCAGAUCUUUGUGAACGUGUUGAUUCCACUGUUGGAGGGAACUACCAUCAGGAUAAAUCUUUUCCCGAGCAGAUUAUAAACGUAGAUCCUCAGUCAACAAUUUGUGAAUUACCUUUCAUUCCAAAUCUUCGGUUCACCACUUUGAUUGGAUCUAGUUCUCAAAAUGCAUCACUAGCAACUAUAUCUCAGAGCCCUUCCUCUCUUACCUCCUUCGAUCAAGUUCAUUCAUCCAAUAUUAUUCGGGAAUCAACUUGUGAGUCGAAUAAAGGUGGUAAGCAACUGAUAGUCUCUUCUCAAAUAAGAUCUUCGUUUACAACUCCUAAUGAUCAUCCAUUUACCUCCAGUCGUUUUACUACUUCAUGCUUUACAGAAAAUGGUUAUGUUGAUGGUUUCACAUCAGUUAGUUCCAAAGAAGGAGGCUCAGUUACUCAUACUCCUUUAAUAAUACCAACUCCAAGUUUUCAGAUAGCACCUCAUCCUGUUAGCACACAAUCUACAUUUGUUGUUUCUCAUCCUGUUACUCCUGGUGUUAUCUCUCCUGCAGAAUUGCAGUCAUCUGCUCCUAUUGUUUUAUCUCUUAAAGGUAGAGCAUGUGUUGAAGCACCACAGCCACAGGUUGCAAGUUUAUCUACCAGUUCUGGUUGUGUUCUUCUACCAUUACAAAUUAUAAAUUCUCUACCAACUGUAAGUCCUGGUAUGUCCAUACUUCUAAAUGUUAAAAACAAUAAUGUUGUACGACAAAAUUCUACACCAUGUCUUCCAAAUUUUACUUCAGUUAAUAACACUGUUGCUUCAGAAAAUAAUGGAUCGGUUUUUCUUCUCCCAACUCCUGGAAUUGUUACAAAUCUUAAUGGGAAUGUUUCUAAUAUUCCAGUUGUACAACUUCCCACACAACAACGUGUUAAUUUAAUUCCAUCUACCCUAUCCACUUCUAUGCUAUCUAAUUCAAACUUAUCAACUUUUCAGAGUUCAGCUACAUUGCCAAAUAGUUUUAAUACUAUCCCAGGUGAUAUCAAAUAUUCAACCGCUGCGCAGUUACCUUUGGGAACACAACUUUUCAUUCUUCGUCCAACAUCUAAGCCAAAUAUUAUUAACCCUACAUAUUUCAAUACUUCCUUACCUGUUAGUACAAUAAAUAGAGCAUUUAAUUCUUUACCUAUUUCAUCUACUACUAGUGCUGGUUUAACCGUAGUGUUUGCUAAUCCUAAUCAUAAGAAUUUUUCUGAUUCAGGGAAUUUAGUUUUUCUUCCAACAGUUUCUAGUAGAUCAAAUAUUUUCUCAUUAUGUGCUACAGAUCCAUUGACAUCAAUUUUUUCAACAGCAUCAUCUGCAUUUAUAACAACAACGACAACAUCAUUGUCGUCAUCAUCGUCACCAUCGUCAUUAUCAUCCACCUCAUCCUCCUCAUCAUCAUGGACACAUAUAUCAACAUUUACCAGCCAUGAUAUUAACACUUUAGCUAGUAAUUCCACAACAUUAAAUUCGUCUUCAGUUACUACAGAAAAUACAUCCAAUAUGAAUUUUAGAACAGUAGAUACCUUAAAUGAUACAUCAUUAUCUUUUCCAUUGACUUUAUUACCUAAUACUCCUCAACACACAGUGGUUUUAUCAUCUCAGUCUUUGGCUUCACUUUCUUCUUCUAAUGAUAAUAAUAGUAAUAAUGUAUUUAUAUCUUCACAAAACUUCAAUACUCAUGCAUUUAUUUCACCUUCAGCAACUACAUUAUCGGCGUCAUCAUCAUCUAUGUCUUCCUCCUCAUGUAUAUCUUUUGAUAAUAAUUCUUUACCUUCUCCUUCCAUUUCAUGUUCGAAUGGUAGUUUGGAUUCAUCCAAAUCUAAUCACUCUGUAACUUCUAGUUCAGUAAUCGGUAGUUGUAUACUUCCUCCAGUCUCUUCAUUAUCUUCUGUUAUUGCUAAUGAUAGUAAUAAAGACAGUACAAAUAGUAAAGCUGAUACGUUAAGUACUUCGAAUAACCAGCAAAACGAUGUUAAAACAAGUGUCAUUAAGUUGCCUUCUGCAGAUAAGUUACUUUCUUCGCGUAAUUUUUCACAAUUAUCCAACUUAGCAGCUCAACAGAGUAGUAAAUAUCAAGAUGUAAAAUGUCGACGUCUGUCUUAUUCCUGUCCUAGUACACCUUCCAUUCCAUCCACUACUGUUACUGUGUCUACCACAUCGUCUGCAUCAUUACAAACUGUCGUGACAUCAUCUACGAAUAUGGUUACGUGUUGUUCAAGACGUAGACAUCAAUGUCCUUAUUGUCCGAAAUCUUGUGAGAGAAAAGAUAACCUUCAAGCUCAUAUCCGUACUCAUACUGGAGAACGACCGUAUCCUUGUCGUUAUUGUCCUAAAGCAUUUCCCCAGAAAGAUCACUUACGAGCUCAUAUUCGUACGCAUACAGGUGAAAAACCCUACAGAUGUCCACAAUGUCUAAAAGCAUUUGCUCAACUGGGUAAUCUUCAUCGACAUGUCAAAACUCACCGUCGAUAAAUUCAAUAUAUAAGGUUCAAUUUCAUUCUGACUGACAUUAUAUUUAUACACCUUAUUCUGUCCUACUCUACAAAAGAAAUAGUUCAAUCAAUCAAUCAGUUCAUAGGAGUUCAUAGAGAUCAAUGAUGCAUUUACUACUCUAUCUUACUUGAUUUGUUUUCCUAAACUCUGAUUUCAAAAUACUUCAUAAUUCAACUUAUUAUUUAUUUCUUUAUUCCAUCUGUUUUUAAUUUGUAGUUUUAUUCAGCUUAUUACUACUAUUAUUGUUGUUGCUUUCUUAUGACUUUUAUUAAUUUUUUUUGUUAAAUGGUUUUCAUUUUGUUUAUUAUUUUUGAAGAAGGGGAAAAAUAAGAAGCGAGACUAUUGCAAUUGAAUGUUUAAUCUCGUCUUGGUUGUUGAGUCUAUUCUAACCAAUUGCGAAUGUAUGUGAAUGUUUAUGCGUGUGAGCGAGGAGAAUGUUUCUAAUAAAGCUUUCAGAUCUGCUUUAUAUAUAUAUAUAUAUAGUUCAAUAUGCUCAAGGACUUAAUUUCUCGUUGAAGCUUGUUGGUAUGCUUGUUGCCGAUCAUGGAAGUUAUUGUAUUAAUAGUUCUCUAAUUCUCCCUUCAGAACAUUUGUUCAGUUUAUGAGAAGCGAAAGAUUAUGUACUUUUUCGGUUUUGUUUUAAACCUUAUCCUUCCAUAGAAUGAAUAGUUAUUAUUUAUAUCUUAAUUUGAUUCCCCUUUUUUCAUAUCCUCUACCUGUGCUUGCGUGUGCUUAUGUACUUGUGCGUUUAUGGGUGAUUGUGGAUGGGCUGUGAUGCGUAUUCUGUUAAUAUGUAUUGUUUAUUUAACUAGACUUUAUUCGGAAUAUGUUGAUUUUCAACUCCUAUCCAAACCCUUCUCAUCUCCGAACUGCCAGACUGUCACUUAUUUAUUCAUUCUAUGAUAAUACACCCUAUUGUAUACAUUCUUCCUUACCAAGCUUUUACCUCAGUUUUUAUUUAUUCUUAAUGCAUGUUUAUAAGUAUUGCAACGAAAUCUCUUAUACUUAUUUAUGAAUACACAUAAGCACACGCAUAUGUGUUAUGAUUCAACAUUACAGUGCAAUUUCUAUCUUAUUUACUGUGUUACGCAUAAAUGUAUGAUCUCAUGAUUUCUAUUUCUUCCUAUCUUUUAUUUGCUUUACAAUCGGUUCGUUGUCAUUUUAUUUAUUGGUGAUAAUAAUAUUAUUUUUUGUAUCAUUUCUUUUCCUAUUUGACUGUUCUCUUUCCUUACUUUUGUAAUAGCACGAUACAAUCAAUCAACACCAAUAACGAUACAGUUAAUCAUGAUUAGUGUCAAGUCGUUAGAUAUUUUAUUUUUGAGAAAUAUAAUUUUCAAGUAUAUGUGUGUUUUGUAUAUUGUUUCUGAUCAAUGCUUAUGAUUUCCUUGUAACAUUCGAAUUCCAUUUACCCGCCUAUUAGACUAAAUGUUAUAUAUAUAUAUAUAUAU